AUAAAACUAAAACCAUUUAUCUUGUAGACUGUGGCAUUAUCUAUGAUUAUUGAGUAUAAUUAUUAAAAAAUUCAACUGCAAUAAUAAAAAGCGAACAAGAGAAACCAUUUACUUAUUUAUUAAUAUGUCAAUAACUUCUAAAGUAGUAUUUGGACUGUCUUGUUUAGCAUCUGUAGGUAUUGUUGGAUUUGUGCACUUCCAGCAACAAAACGAUUUGAUCAAACUUCACGAAGGUGUUAUUAAAGACAUUGAACGACAAGAACACAGACGUUUACAGUUGGAAACUAUUAGUGACAUACCAACAACCAGUAAUCUUCAAAAUGGCCAAAAAAUCGCAUAAAAAACAACACAAAAAAAGAAAACACGUAAGUAAUUUUAAUUUAUUAAUAUAAGUUAGAGCAAGCAUAAUAUUAUGGUGUUAUUUUACCAGAGAUCGCCAUCAUCCUCUAGCAGUUCAACUUCAAGUGAUGAACAAUGGGUAGAAAGUUCACCACCUAAACAGGUUUAUAACAAACCAAAACAGGAUACAGACAAUUGGAUGGACUUUAUAUGCAACACAUCUACAGAAAUCGAAAAGAAAACAAGUUCGAAAAAUAAAGAGUUAGAAGAUGCUAAAGCUAGAAUGGAAAAGGUAUGUACUAGUAUUUUAUCAGUAUUAAUGUUGAUUUUUAUUUGAAUAAUUUUGAAUAUUACUUUUAGCCGGGUCAAUCAACACGAGAACUGAAUCCUUAUUGGAAAAAUGGAGGUACUGGUCUUCCGCCCCCAAAACCAAUGAGUCAACAUAAAGGUUUUCUUAAACCUAAAAUAGAUGAUGAUGAUGAUGAUGAUGGUGAUGAUGAUAAUUCCCGUCAUUAUAGUAACCAUCAUUACUCAAGUCAUACAAAAACAUCUUACAACCGCCAAUCGUGGAAAAAACCAGACUAUAAAAAUGUCAAACCCUAUAGUAGACAUGAUGAUGAAGAACAUUACAGACACUCCAGAGAACACAAUGAAAGAAAAGAAGAAAGGGACAGGCACCAUAGAACAAAUGACAAUGAAAGAAAAAUAGAACGAAAUAAGCGGCAUGUGACUUAUAACAAUGAGAGCAAAGAAGGAAGAAAUAAGAGACAUCAAGAAUAUGAUGAAAGAAAAGAAAAACACUAUAGUGAUAGAAGAAAAGGGGACAGAGAUAGACAUAAUAAAGAAUAUGAAUAUAAAAGAGAAAAUAGUAAUAAAUAUUGUGUAGAAUCCACUAGUAAAGAAACAUAUACAAAUGUUGAAAAAAAAGAUUCACAUUAUAGUCUUAAAAAUGAAAAAUCUGAUGAAAAUGCAGAAAAACCUUUAACUCGAUUAGAGUUAAAUGUAUUGGCUGCAAAACAAAUAAAAGCCGAGUUGAUGGGAAAUACGGUGAGUCACUUAUAUAUAAAAUUAAACAUUCAUGGGAAAAAAUGUUUUAUCACAGAUGAAUUAAAGUUAUAAUUUUGUUUAAAUUCAGCAAUUGGCUCAAGAACUACAGCAAAAACUAAAUGCAGCACGCAAUCAUAGUUUAUUAGAUAAUGGAACAUCAAAUAAAGUAAAUCAAACGGAAGAAUUUGUGUUACUUACUAGGACAUCAUCUAAAGGUUAUAGUUAUCCUGUUAAACAAGGUCAUGGCGAUACAAAUUUCGGUAAGAAAAGAAGAGAAAAAGUUUUAACACAUGAAGAUGGUAAAAGGGUGAGAUAUUUUGAUGAUGAUGACAAAUAUUCAUUAAAAUCUAUGGUAAGGAAACAAAUUAAAGACAAUAGGUACUUUUAAAAAUGGUUUCUACUUAUGUUGAUAUAUAUUUUAGUUUGAAAAAGAAUUGACGACUACAGCUGAAGACAGUAAUAUGGAAUUUGUGAAACUUUCAAGAAAGGUAAUAUUUUUUUAAAAGAUAAUACUGAGAUUAUUUUAGAUUCUGAAUAGAGCGAGAACCUCUUCUACCAGGGAUUUUUCUCUGAUUUUCAAGUAAAACAUCUUUUCUAAAAGUUAAUUUUAAUGGUGUGGUACUUUAGGGAGGUCAUUAUUUAAUGUUCCCAGGGAUUUUCAUAAUAAACAGGAAAAAUCGUAAAUAUGACGGCCUUUCAAAAUAUGUAUUACUGAACUCUGUUCAAAAUCAUUUUUCAUUAGUAAUGAUUAAUUGUUGCUAAUAGAUAUAUACAUUAAAUUUUUUCCCCUUUUUCUUCUCAACUUCUCAUCUAUAACAGUGGCCCACUCAUUAUAUGAAGUAUGUCCAUAUGGUUUUUAUGUGAUAUGUAAGUCAACAAAUGUACAUAUAAGUAUAUUUAUAUAUAUAUAUAUUUAAAGAAAUUAGGUGUAAGUGUGUGUGAUUUUUAAAAAUUACCUUGUUUCACAUUCCUCAGUACAGAAUAAUGUUACAUGAUUAUUUUGAAUUUUUAUCUAAUGAUUAUUGUGUUAAUAAAAAAAUAAUUGGGAAUUAAGUUCUUAGAUAAUAAUUUAAUAAACUAUUAUUUCCUUGCACUGUUUUAUAGGUGUUUCUUAAUUUGACUGUUUAUACUUAAUUUAAUAUACAUACAUAAAUCAAAAUUAAUUUAUUUUGUUUUCACCCAGAUUAUAAAGUUGACAUGAAUUUUUGAUUAUUAAUAUAUCAUUUUUUCAGAACUGUUCCUUUAUAAACAUUUGGACAUUUACAUAUCAUUCAUCAUUUGUGUUUAAUUAAUAUGGAAAGUAUUUCUUAAAUAAAAUGUUUUAUUUCAGGUAAAUGCUAGAGAUGACGAAGAUGAUGUAUUUGUAGAACGUGCAUCAGAAAAACGGUCAGCUAAGGCAUAUGAGAGAGAAGUUAAAAGGGCAAUCAAUGAGCAUAAACAUACUGAAAAAGUUUUAAACUCUUGUCGUUAUUGUUUUGAUAGUGAAGAAAUGUUGAAACACUUAUAUAUCGUUAAAGGAGAAAAAGUAUGUGUACAACUUUAUUUACAAUUUUAAUAUUAAUUUAUUUUAUCCAUUUAGUGUUACCUGUGUUUACCGUCUUACAAAUCCUUAACAGAAGGGCAUUGCUUGAUUGUACCAAUUUACCACUAUGCAUGUGCAACUGAUAUUGACGAAGAUGUUUGGACAGAAAUGCAGGUAAAUUUUAGUCAGUUCUUAUUUUUUAGAAAUGUAUAAUUUUAUCAUCUAGUUAAUGUUUUAGGUGUUUCGAAAAGUGCUAACAUCUAUGUUUAAAGAUCAAGACGAGGAUGUGGUGUUCUUCGAAAGUGCUAUGCGUUUAAACAAUAUGCCUCAUAUGGUUUGGAACUGUGUACCUGUUCCAAUUGAAAUUGGCGAUACUGCGCCAAUAUAUUUUAAAAAAGCUCUUUUGGAAUGUGAGACAGAAUGGGCAAUUAAUAAAAAAGUUGUAGAUUUAAGUAGUAAAGAUAUACGUAGAGCAAUUCCCAAAAGUUUGCCCUAUUUUGCUGUUGAUUUUGGAAUGCAAGGUGGAUAUGCCCAUGUUAUCGAAGAUGAAAAAAUGUUCCCAAAUAACUUUGCUGAGGUAGUUAUAAGAGUUAAAAAAUAUUUUUUCUUUAGUUGAAAACAAUUUAGGUAAUUUUUUAUUAAAAUGUUUUAUUAACAGAGAUUGUAUAUUUAUCUUUAGGAAAUUAUUGGCGGUAUGAUGGAUUUAGAUCAUAACACAUGGCGAAAAAAACAAAAAGAACCAAUUAAUGAACAAUUGGAAAAAGCUACAAAAUUCUUGAAAAUGUGGGAACCCUAUGACUUCACAAAAAAAUAAUGUUUUCAUAAUAUUCAUAGUAUCAAUAAAUUAAUGUGUUCUAUUUGACAUACCUUAUAAAGAAUAUUUUGAAUUUAUAUUUAUAUUUAUACAUAAAUUGUAUGGAAAAAAAAAAUAAAUAAAUAAGAAAUAGAAACUAUAUUAAUUUUAAAUAUUUAGACAAUUUAUCUUAUACACAACUUUCAGUUAUUUAAAAUAAUCAAUGUAAAUCAGUGUGUAUAAAAUGUUUUAUGAUUAUACUAUAGUUUCCAAUUCCUUUGCAUAGUGAAUAGCGUGAUCAGCUAUCUGUAAUGCAGGCAAAGGUUCUAUUGCUUUCUUUUCUUCUUCAAGAUGGAAUACAUAAUAUCCAUCUUGUCCCAAUAUCCAUUUUUUCUAAACAUAAAAUAAUAAUAAUACAUUUUUCAGUUUUUUUUAUUGAAACUUAACAUAAAAAUAAUUGAAAUUCACCUUAAUAGCAAAAUCAUUCAUUUCGUUAGUGCUGUUGAAAUUUAACAUUUUUGUAGCAGAGUUAAUUGAAAUUUUUUUGUAUGCCUUUUGCAAGCACUCAGCUAUCUCGUUACGUAAAGUGUUGGUUAGUAUGCUCAUAAAAAAAUUAUAUGUAUCUGAUGGUACAUUUGAUUUUGCUUGAAAUAUCUAAAUGCAUAUAAAUAUAUAACACCAAGAACAAAUAAAAAAAAAAAAAUGAACAGUUCAAUAUGUUUAUUAAUUACCUUAUUAUAACUACCCUCCAUCAAAUACUGUUCUAAAGCCACCGGAUGCUUAAUAUAAGUGUUGGUUUGAACAAUAUCAUAAGGGAGAAGUUCUAAUUCAGUAUGGAACUCGGCUACUCUAUUUUGUGAUAGUAAAAACAGCAAGUUCAGACCUAACAAAUGAUAUUGGUUUACAGAUUCUGGUAAUUUAUCCCUAUAUAAAAACAAUGGGAAUUUUGAAAUUAGUAGAUAUAAUUUACAAUCAAUAUCAUUAAGUAUUGCAUACCUGUAGUCCAAAUAAUAACACUUGAGUUGUGCCAUGUAUCUUUCAAAAGAUGGUAUAUCAUGCAUGGCGAUACUACAUUGAACUCCAACUUCUAAUAUGUCUCCUAGAAAAAAUGAUAAAAUAUUAUU